UACGACAACUCCUGCUCCUACGACAACUCCAGCUCCUACGACAACUCCUGCUCCUACGACAACUAUAGCUGCUACAACAACUCCUGCUCCUACGACAACUCCUGCCCCUACGACAACUCCAGCUCCUACGACAACUCCUGCUGCUACAACAACUCCUGCUCCUACGACAACUCCUGCUCCUACGACAACUCCUGCAGCUACAACAACUCCAGCUGCUAGAUCUACUGCCGUCCCUGCGUGUGCAUCGAACCCAUGCCAAUACCGAGGAUACUGCAUAGAGGGAUGGACGUUUGAUUGGGGAAUUUGGCUCCCCUACUCGUGCAUUUGCUAUGGAGUCUUUUAUGGCCCGGAUUGUGGAUAUUCUGCAAGCACGACUCCUCCUCCCACUACAACUCCCGCUCCUACCACAACUCCUGAAGCUACAACAACUCCCGCUGUUACAACAACUCCCGGGUCCAUGACAACUUUCGUCCCUGCGUGUGCAUCGAACUCAUGCCAAUACCGAGGAUACUGCAUAGAGGGGUGGACGUUUGAGUGGGGAAUUUGGCUCCCCUACUCAUGCAUUUGCUAUGGAGUCUUUUAUGGCCCGGAUUGUGGAUAUCCUGCAAGCACGACUCCUCCUCCCACUACAACUCCCGCUUCUACGACAACUCCAGUCUCUCCAUGUGCAUCGAACCCGUGCCUUAACGGAGGAGACUGCAUAGAGCAGUGGAUUUACUGGUGGGGAACUCUGCUCCCCUACUAUUGCAAUUGCCACGGAGUCUUUUAUGGCCUACUUUGUGAAGAUUUUGGUACCACAACUUCACCUUCCACUACCGUUUCCACAACUACCGGAUCGCAGUGUGAACCAAACCCGUGCCAAAAUGGAGGGACCUGCUUUGAGUCCCGGUCGUUAUGGUGGAACUAUCAACGCUCCUACCAGUGCAUCUGCCCUCCAUACUGGUCUGGGCCAGAUUGUGCAUAUCCUGUUUCCACUCCACCGCCUGGGGGAUGUCUGUCUUUCCCAUGCCUCAAUGGCGGAGUCUGCAAUUCCCAACAGUUCUAUCCCUACUACAAGUGCCGAUGCAGCCCAGGCUUGACAGGCGUCAACUGUGAACAUUUUGAGUCACCGCAACUGAACUGCACAUCGCAAUCCCUGGAGCUGCAGAUCCCACUGGACGAACUGAGCGCACUCAAUCUCUCACCGUUUGACAUCCACCUGGAGGACCCCUUGUGCCGUGGCUACUGCACGCAGCAGUACCUGAUCCUGCACAGCGACUUGCAGUCCUGUGGCACCACGGCCGAGGCCCACGGCGACACCAUCGUGUACUCGAACACGGCGUACGGCUUUGUGUCGGGAACCACCGCCAAGAAACUGCGCAUCCCCGUGCACUGCUACAUUGGGUCCGAAGGGAAUGUAGUAGCGAGCUACGUGCCCAGAGUGCAUGACAAGUACAGCUCGGGCACCUUUGACCUGAGCAUGGUGCUCUACAUGGACCAGAGCUUCGGUCAGCCUGUCUACUCGUACCCAUUCGAGGUGGACCUUGGUGCCCCGAUCUACGUGGAGGUCUUUCUCAGCUCCCAUGCCAACGACCUGCGGCUGUUUCUGGAGACGUGCAGAGCCUCCCCCUUCACCGGCGCCAAUGACAGCGACGCCUACUUCAUCAUUAGAAAUGGAUGUCAACAGGAUCUAUCCUACGUCAACUACAACAGUGGCGACAACAAGAGACAGCGUUUCAGCUUCCAGAGUGUUGAGUUCUCCAAUGGCUUUCAGGUGUACCUGGAGUGCUCUGUACGCGUUUGCCAUAUUUCUGACCUGAACUCGAGAUGCCAGCGAGGGUGCGUGCGCGCCAAGCGGUCCGUGCGUGACCUCGUCAGCCGGGAUAAUCGUGCUGAGCACAAAGUGGACCUCUCCCAGGGCCCCGUGCUGCUCCGCAAGUCACGCCAGGCUUCUGGGGUGCUGAGCUCGCUGGCGGGCAUGGUGUACGCCCUGGCUGCCGCCCUGGCCGUAGCUGCCGUGUGCGUGGCCGCGGUGAAAGUCUACCGCCACCGCGCCGCAGGGCCCCGUUACAAACCCCUCGUCACGUACGAAGAAUUCACAACUUAAUGGAUGCCACCUCCAACAUGAUAUCUUGCAUGAAAUCAUUAUAUAUACCAAAUAGGUGUUUGGGUUUACUUAGAUUGGAUUUCAGAAGGCGUAUAUUCAUUUAGCAGUUUAAGUCCUAUGCCAUGGGAUUAGUCUACAAUAUGGAUAUUGUAUGUAUUGGGAAAUUUGAUUUUAUUCAGGAGUACAAUGUUGGUAAACUUCCUUGAUUGAAAGGUUUCAUAUGAAUGUACAAAUGCUGAUUAUUUAUGUUACCUGAUACAUAUCAUGAUGCAAUACAGGUACUGUAAUUUGAGAGAAAAAUACAACCUGUGAUGUUACUUUGCACAAAAUUUGGGCUUAAUGCUUUAAUAACUCGGUUAGAGAUAAUUUAAUUGUUCAGGCCUAUAUUGACUUCCAGAAGACUGAUUUGUUUUGGUAAUAUGUGGGUGAACUCAAAUGUGAUCAGUUUUCAACUAAUGCACCAAUCAUGUCCCAAAUGUUUAAGCAGAAUUUUAAAAAUUGCCAAUUAUAUUAUUUUAAGCAGUAUCGUUUUCUUGUACAUUUAUAGUUCCUUUUGUAAGCCAUACAAUAACAUGUUCUCACAUGUUUAUCUUAUCCUCAUAACGGGGGACUUGAAUGGUUUCAAUUCGGGAUUAUUGAGGUUCUUGUGUUUACAUGAUUGAGUAGGAGUGUGGAUCACUUUUUGUCCUUUGCUAAUCAUUGCACAUCAUAAGGUUGGAUAUGGUGAAAUACAUUUGAAACGUGAAUUGGCAUGGCUAUUUUACCGACUUGUAUAAAACAUUUAAUCUUGAUGACUUCACAA